CGCAGCCCCAGGCCGCCGAAGAGCGGGGGGCCGGCGCCAUGGCCGAGCGGGGCCGCCUCGGCCUCCCCGGCGCGCCCGGCGCGCUCAACACGCCCGUGCCCAUGAACCUGUUCGCCACCUGGGAGGUGGACGGCUCCAGCCCCAGCUGCGUGCCCAGGUUGUGCAGCCUGACCCUGAAGAAGCUGGUGGUCUUCAAGGAGCUGGAGAAGGAGCUCAUCUCAGUGGUGAUUGCAGUCAAGAUGCAGGGCUCCAAACGGAUCCUGCGGUCUCAUGAGAUUGUGCUGCCCCCCAGUGGACAAGUAGAGACUGACCUGGCCCUGACCUUCUCCCUGCAGUACCCUCACUUCUUAAAGAGAGAAGGCAACAGGCUUCAGAUCAUGCUGCAGCGCAGAAAGCGAUACAAAAACCGGACAAUCCUGGGCUACAAGACACUGGCCGCAGGCUCCAUCAACAUGGCUGAGGUGAUGCAGCACCCCUCUGAGGGCGGCCAGGUGCUGAGCCUCUGCAGCGACAUCAAGGAGGCCUCUGUAAAGGUGGCUGAGAUCUGGAUCGUCUCCCUGUCCAGCCAGCCCAUCGACCACGAGGACAGCGCCAUGCAGGCUGGCCCUAAGGCCAAGGCCACGGAUAACUACUCCGAGGAGGAGUAUGAGAGCUUCUCCUCUGAGCAGGAGGCCAGCGACGAUGCCGUGCAAGGGCAGGAUUUGGACGAGGAUGACUUUGACGUGGGAAAGCCUAAAAAGCAGCGGCGAUCGAUAGUAAGAACGACGUCCAUGACCAGGCAACAAAACUUCAAGCAGAAAGUCGUGGCACUGCUGCGGAGGUUUAAAGUGUCCGAAGAGGUCCUUGACUCGGAGCAGGACCCUGCAGAACAUGUCCCUGAGGUGGAGGAGGACCUGGACCUCUUGUAUGACACGCUGGACAUGGAGAACCCCAGUGACAGUGGCCCUGACAUGGAAGAUGAUGACAGUGUCCUCAGCACACCCAAGCCGAAGCUCAGGCCGUACUUCGAAGGCCUGUCGCACUCCAGCUCGCAGACGGAGAUCGGGAGCAUCCACAGUGCCCGCAGCCACAAGGAGCCUCCGAGCCCGGCUGACGUGCCUGAGAAGACUCGGCCCCUGGGAGGCAAGCAGCCGAGUGACAGCGUCUCUGACACCAUGGCCCCCUGUGCGCCGGCCCCGCGGGAGCAGCCAGGGCAGCCCGAGGACAGCCCAGAAGCAGAGACCUCCCCGCGGGACGUGUUCACUGAGAGGCUGCCGCCCAGUGGGAGGGUCACCAAGACAGAGUCACUCAUCAUCCCCUCCACCAGGUCCGAGGGGAAGCAGGCUGGCCGCCGGGGCCGGAGCACAUCCCUGAAGGAGCGGCAGCCGGCACGGCCACAGAACGAGCGGGCCAACAGCCUGGACAACGAGCGCUGCCCAGACACGAGGAGCCAGCUGCAGAUCCCCAGGAAGACCGUGUAUGACCAGCUCAACCACAUCCUCAUCUCCGAUGACCAGCUCCCCGAGAACAUCAUUCUCAUCAACACCUCUGACUGGCAGGGCCAGUUCCUCUCGGACAUCCUGCAGAGGCACACACUCCCCGUGGUGUGUACCUGCUCCGCCGCGGAUGUCCAGGCGGCCUUCAGCACCAUUGUCUCACGGAUACAGAGAUACUGCAACUGCAAUCCCCAGCCCCCGACCCCUGUGAAGAUCGCCGUGGCAGGGGCGCAGCAGUACCUCAGCGCUGUCCUGCGCCUCUUCGUGGAGCAGCUGUCCCACAAGACCCCCGACUGGCUGGGAUACAUGCGCUUCCUCAUCAUCCCGCUGGGUUCCCACCCUGUGGCUAGGUACCUGGGCUCCGUCGACUACCGCUACAACAACUUCUUCCAGGACCUGGCCUGGAGAGAUCUGUUCAAUAAGCUGGAGGCCCAGAGCACUGUGCAGGACGCGCCAGACAUCGUGUCGCGCAUCACCCAGUACAUCGCAGGGGCCAACUGUGCGCACCAGCUCCCCAUCGCCGAGGCCAUGCUGACCUACAGACAGAAGAGGAAAAAGCACUUUCAUUUUGACUUUACCCUAAGCGCUGACGAAGAGUCCUCUCAGAAGUUCAUUCCCUUCGUCGGGGUCGUGAAGGUUGGACUUGUGGAACCGUCCUCAGCCACAUCAGGUGACUCUGAUGACGCGGCCCCCUCGGGCUCUGGUGUGCUCUCCUCCACCCCACCGUCCACGUCCACAUCUCCCGCGGCCAAGGAGGCCUCUCCCACCCCGCCCUCCUCCCCGUCGGUGAGCGGAGGCCUGUCCUCCCCCAGCCAGGGUGUUGGCGCCGAGCUGAUGGGGCUGCAGGUGGACUACUGGACGGCAGCACAGCCUGCAGACAGGAAGAGGGAUGCCGAGAAGAAGGACCUGCCCACCGCCAAAAACACGCUCAAGUGCACUUUCCGGUCCCUGCAGGUCAGCAGGCUGCCCAGCAGUGGCGAGGCCAUGGCCACGCCCACCAUGUCCAUGACCGUGGUCACCAAGGAGAAGAACAAGAAGGUGAUGUUUUUGCCCAAGAAGACCAAGGACAAGGACGUGGAGUCCAAAAGCCAGUGCAUCGAGGGCAUCAGCCGCCUGAUCUGCACAGCCAAGCACCAGCAGCACAUGCUGAGGGUCCUCAUCGACGGCGUGGAGUGCAGCGACGUCAAGUUCUUCCAGCUGGCGGCCCAGUGGUCUUCCCACGUGAAGCACUUCCCCAUCUGCAUCUUCGGACACUCCAAGGCCACCUUCUAGCCCCACCCACCGAGGGGUCGGAGGACCGUGGAGGGGCCCAGUCCCGCCCUGAGGGGCCCAGCUGCAUUUCUGUCUGUCAACAUUUCAGUUUACCACAGAGACAGACUCUUAAAAACAUGAAGAGAAACAGUCUUAAGUAUGAAUGUGCUCACAACCUGGAAACUAACGGGGCAGCUCCCCUCUGGGAGCCAAGUAACUGCUCUGCUUAUUAACCAGAACCUUCCGGCCAGGGGGCUGGGUGGCCAGAUGGACAGUGCUGAGCCUGAGAAUCGUGGAAGGUGUGUCUGGCUCAGGAGCCACUCAGAGCCUGACAAGCAGGAAGGGUUCUCAGCUCAUGUCAUGUCCUUCCCAGGAGCCGGGACUCUGCCUCCUCAGGGUGCCCAGGUCAGGCGCAGCCUUGGAGCAUGGUGGCCAGAGGCUGACGGUCAUGAGCCCACUCAGCCCUCUGUUGGGGGGACGUCCUGAGUCAACUUUGGAGGCUGGUCAGCCCUGGACCCUGGGCCACCAGCCCACCUGGAAGACGUCCCCAGCACCACCCACUCGUGGUUCCCAAUAAACUCCAGCCUCCUGGCAGGGAUUUUA